UUCAGUUGACUUGACCAAACGAAUGUCGAAUAUUACGUUGGGUUUGGGGUGCUGAUGCAUUAGUCGGUGGCUCAGUGCUGCGCCGUUUAAUAGCAAAUUAGCGUAACAAAGUAACGAAUAUUACUUUGAUUAAAUUGAACUUGUAUUUGCAUCAGUUGUUCUCUGAAGUUUUUAUAAUGGCAUUUACGUUUGCGGCGUUUUCUUAUAUUUGUGCCCUUAUCAUUGAUGCAUUCCUGAUUUUCUUUGCCAUUUUUCACAUUAUUUCCUUUGAUGAAUUGAAGACGGACUAUAAAAACCCCAUUGAUCAAUGCAACAGCUUGAACCCGCUGGUACUUCCCGAGUAUGCAAUGCACCUGCUCUUCAAUGUGAUGUUUUUGUUUGGUGGAGAAUGGUUCUCCCUUUGUCUCAACCUGCCACUCAUUGCCUACCACAUCCACAGGUACCGUACGCGACCAGUGAUGUCCGUGCCCGGACUCUACGACCCUACGAGCAUCAUGAGUCAUGACGUCCUCAACAGCUGUCAGAGAGAAGGCUGGAUAAAACUCGCUUUCUAUCUUCUCUCAUUCUUCUACUACUUAUAUGGCAUGAUCGUAUCGUUGAUAGCUUCGUAAGAGCCCACGCUGCUCGUCUUAAGCCGCGCCUGACACCAAAUGUGCGCUCCAGACUUCAGGAUCGCUACUGUGGGGCCGCGACGGUGUUUUGCUGCACAUCUGUUUGUACUGCAUUCUUUAUGGCGAAUUACAGUUUAUUUCGCUUUACUCCAUUCAUCUUUUUGAACUAUGCUAUUCAUUCGUAAGUGUUGAGGGGUAUAUUGUGCUCCAGUAUCAUUUGAAUGAGAAUUUUUUUCAUUUAAAAUAUCCUUCCUAAACGGGUUUCAAAGUUAUGUCCUUUAAUGAUUGUUGAAUAACUUUGCUUAUUGUCCAGCUUUGCUGCAAAUCUCUUGCAUUGUCUCGGAAUGCUACCAUAGAAAAGCCAGUUUACAUGUAGCCAAUAGGUAAUGCUAUUACUUCAUGCGAGCUUCCCGAGGUCAUUUGUGUUAGUGGCGUAAGGUUGUUGUUUCAAACGCUCAAAAUCCAACCAUGGUCAGGUCUUGAUCUGUCAUAAACCGAUAUGAAUUGUAUUCAGAUUUAGAUACUCUGGAGAGAUUAAAUGCUGUUAUUCUCUAUUCGGCAAAGCUAUACUUCAUUGUGCCAUUCACUUGAAAUGAUUUUAGCCAUCAUGAAGAUUAUUCUCUGAAAUCAACUGUGAAUGAUGAUGGUAAUUAGAGAAAAUGACUAUUAGAUAUAAUUUGCUAUAUACAAUGUUAACUGUAUGAGAAAAACAGUUAUGGUUCUAUCACAAGAGCUUGUCGAUCAAUUAUUUCUAUAACGUAAUAAAUUAUUCGGGAUUGAUGUAUGGGAUUAAUGGUGAAUUAACCUUUCCAUCAUUGCUAAAAAUUUUUUCUUCAGUACCCACCAUGAAAUUUCGAGUGCUUUAAUUAAAUAUCAUUCGCCUUAUGGUCGAAAGUUUUUGCAGAAUUCGUGGAACCUGUUGAUCUCGAAUAGGCAAUUCUUCUUUGAAGGUGGACACAUGAUUUGUAUUUUUAACUAAUUCUCAGCUUUACCUUCUUGUUAACACACAACGGCUGUUCGUCCACAAAUUGAGAGUUACCAGGUCAGUUAAGGCACUGUGUUUUUGCACCACUAACUAUGAUUUGGCGUGUUAUAUAAGAUUUUGCUUGGCGAUUAAGAUAUCAAAGUUGAAUCUUAACCGCGCGUGUCUAUUCCGAACUCUGUUCUGUUGCUGCCCUCGAAACAAUUGACGAUAUGCAUAGCUUCUGCCAUGGCAAAGUUUGACGUUUGCGUUACACUUCGUGCGGCGGUUUUCGCAGAGGUUUCGGUAUUUUUUCCUCUGGCUCGCAUAUUUUUUAUCGACUAAGCAAUAUCAUUGCAUUAUUCUGGCAGAUACUUUUUCCCCCAUUAAGAGUGUUCAGCUCACGUCACAAUUUUCAACGAUGCUGUGCCCUCGAGUUAAAGUUGGCUUAACCAAGUCAAACAAUCCAUUUGAGUCGAACAUUCUAUCACUAAUAGAAGACAUUGUUAGAUUACCAGAAAUGGAUGAAUAUACAUCUGAAAUAAAGCCAUCUCUGGACGAGAGGGAAAUGAAAUGUGUGAAGUUAGACUCAACGUGAACCAAAUAUUUUUACAUUCGCAUUUUGUCCGGCCGGUUUUGCUGCGAGCAGUGAUUUCCUUACAAUGCUAUAGUUGAGUGCAAUUGACUACAGUUCAGGAGUGACUUUCAUUGAAAGCGUGCAUUAAUUGUUAAUUCUUCCCCAAAAGAAUGAGAAUAUAAACAAGGACAUAGGAAAAAUUUACAUGAACAGGAUUUCUCCCAGAGAACGCGGCGUGUCUAACCUUACUUCCUGCUUCAAUGCCUUUGUGAUUAGUUUAAAAUAUUUAUUAAUUGCCGUGAAUGAUUUAAUAAUAACGGCAUUUUCAAGUAAACCUAACUCAUA